GGAGAUCGCGCGACUGCUGGGUGGUCGACGGACGGGGCGAGGCCCUAGACGGCGGUGGUAGUGCUCCUCCUUCUCCUCACCCAGACCGAAAGUGAGCUGGCACCAUGUCGACCUUCCCUAAAAGCUACAACCCUUUCGACGACGAUGACGCGGAGGACGAGGGCUCCCGACCGGCCCCGCGGAGGGACGUCCGCGACCUCCCAAACGGGCCCGCGGAGCCCGUGGACAGGCAGCAGUACCUGCGACAGGAGGUGCUGCGCAGGGCCGAGGCCACAGCCGCCAGCACCAGCAGGUCCCUGUCCCUCAUGUACGAGUCAGAGAAGGUCGGGGUCGCCUCAUCCGAGGAACUUGUUCGUCAGCGAGGAGUCUUAGAACGUACAGAGAAGAUGGUAGACAAGAUGGACCAAGAUUUGAAGACCAGCCAGAGGCACAUCAACAGCAUUAAGAGUGUGUUUGGGGGACUUGUCAAUUACUUCAAAUCCAAACCAGCAGAGACCUCACCUGAAGAGAAUGGCACUCUUGCCUCCCAGCCCAGCAGUAGAUUGAAAGAAGCCAUAAGUACAAGUAAAGAACAGGAGGCAAAGUACCAGGCCAACCACCCAAAUCUCAGAAAGCUGGAUGAUGUAGACUCCAUCCCUGGAGGGGCUAGUUAUGCUGUGAGCACUGAUGCUUAUCCCAAGAACCCACACCUUAGAUCCUAUCACCAGAAGAUCGACAGCAACCUAGAUGAGCUGUCCAUGGGACUGGGCCGUCUGAAGGACAUAGCCCUGGGGAUGCAGACAGAAAUUGAGGAGCAAGACGACAUUCUUGACCGACUGACAACCAAAGUAGACAAAUUAGAUGUCAAUAUAAAAAGCACAGAAAAAAAUGUUCGACAACUCUAAAGAUAGAAAAGGAUUUUCACUCCAUUGUAAUAAAAAGAUUCAAAGAUCUUUUUUUGAAUUUCCAAGAAAUUCAUUCAUUCAUUAUUUUAGUAUGUAAUUUAAUGUGUGUUUGCAAAUAUUAUAAUAGAGUGGAUCAUAAGA